CAGUAAAUAUGUUUUAUGUUUUCAGUUUUUUAUAGGACGAAUAGUUUCACUUGUUUUGUGGAAAUUUUAUCAUACUGGACACUGCUACAACAUAUUCUUGAACCAAUUACCACGACAACAUUCGUUUCAUAUUAUCUGUAAUUCGCGUUCAAUAAACUUAGAGUCCAUAUCAAAAUAUGGACGCUAAACUGAAUAUUAAUUGCAUAAAGGCCAUUUACAAUGAAAUGAGCGCAAAUGAUCAAGUAACCUUUCUGAGUGCAUUCGACAGAAUGCCUUUUCAUAAAAAGUGGAUAUGUGAAGAAAGUUAUGAAAAUAUCAAUUUACGUGGUUUAAAAAACGCUACAAUUGAAGAUGCUAUGAUGUUCUUUGAAAUGGUCGCACCAUUCGCCAUAAAUUUUUCGUGCAGUAACAUACUGAAUGUACCUUUCAAAGAUUUAUUCAAAUCUAUGAAACUAAAACAAUAUUUUGCGAAUGUUAUAACGCUAGAAUUAGUGCAGUGCAAUAUAACGGACAAAUGUGUCAAAUAUUUUAGACAUCUGCAAAAUUUACAAUCACUUUCACUCGCUAAAAAUCAUUUAAUAACUGGAAAAUACAUAGCCCUCUGUAACAAUCUUUUUGAUCUAGAUAUGGAAGGCUGCAGAAAUCUCAGCGCUUUUUACUUUACUCAAAUUUGCAGAAAUUUAAAACAUUUAAGAAAACUUAAUGUUCGUUGGUGUAGGAGUCUUGAAUAUAUCAACUUUUCCGAAAUGACUUUUUUGUGUGAAAAACUCAAAGAAUUGAAAAUAAUGCAGCCACACGUACACUAUGAAAUCAUAGCAUACAUACCGAAGCUCAUAUCAUUAACAGUAUAUGAUCAUUAUAAUGUAAAAGAUGAAUUGUUUGAGAACCUAAACAAUACAUCUUACUUGCAGGAGUUACGUAUACAACAACCAACUACACUGAUUCUGAAUGGAGCACGGAAACGUUACUUUAAUUACCGCAGGUUAAUGAAGUUAACUAUAGACUGCGAUAUUACAGAUACUUUAUUAAAUUUUAUAAUGAAACUAAAAAGAUUGCAAUAUUUGAAGUUGAAAAAUAUCCGCUCGGUAACAAAUUCAAGAUUACAUCAAUUAAUAUCGAGUUCUGAAGCUGUUAGUGUAUUUGGCAUGUCAAACACUUCUCAGUUACUAAAUAGUUACAGGCGAGAUUUUCUGACUGCACUUUUGGUACCAAAAAGAGAAGAGCCGGAAAAAAUAUUGAUUAAAUUGUAUGGAACAAGAGUAGCUAAAGAGAUAACACAUAGUUGGUUAUAUACGGAAUUCAGUAGAGAUGUGGCUUCCAUUCAUUAUCAGUGCGACAUAUGCAAUCAGUUGGAUGACAAGGACUGGCAUAUAUGCUAUUGCAAAAAUUAAAUUCCUAUUUAUGUCUGAUCUGAUGAAAUUUGUACAUAAACUUCUCUUUAUUUCACGUUAUUUUCUUUGUUCAACAUGCUUUUAAGUCUUAAAUUCAGAAUACACACCAAGUUCAUAAUCAAGAUUCGAAUGCUUCCAAGUUGCAGAUUUACAGGUUUAUAACAACACAAAUUUUGUGUUUGAGUUUAAUUUGUACCUUAUUUGUUCAUGAUAUUCAAUUUGACAUUUAUAUUGGAAGUAACAUAUGGAUUUUGUUAUAUGGCCGCACACGACUUGAUCCACUUUUAUAUUUUCAAUAAAUUGGCUAUCAACUCAAAUCAGUAUCAACUCCAGAACCAUAAACUAGUUGACAGUGUGGCUGAUGAAAUGGACAUCAGAGCAUUCCAGAUCUUCUGCAGAUUUGCAAUAAACAAUAUACUUAAUACAAUCGCUAUCAUACGAUGUUCGUGGUUAAUUGCAUUCAUUCAACCGACAUUUUCCCAUAACGUUGCGGAUGUUGAAUUCAACACUAAUAACUCCUUUAGAACCAACACCUUAGUGCCAAAGGAUACAGAAAUGAAAUGUAAUUUUAUUAUGAGUAAUAAUGGUGUAAAUCGGCGAUAAGGAACUGCCGAUUUAUCAGACAUUUGGAAUAAGUAUGCUUUCUUUUUUAAACUAAAGAAAUGCAGUAAAAACCUUUUGACGGAUUGCCAGAAAUAUAAAUCAAGUCGGCUGCUGAAAUACCAUUGGAUAACCAAUUACCACAAUGAAUCGAAAGAACUUAAGACAAUUUGAUUAACCACGAAUUUAAUUAUUUUUUUUUUAUUUUUAGUAUUAGUGAACUUUUUAUUUUGA